AUGGACAACCUACUUAUGCAGAAGACGCCGACAGCGCUUGCGAUUGCACAGGCUGUGGGUAUAACAGGGAGCGUAUUCCUACUAGGUGAGAUUGAUCUGGCAAUGAAGAACGCAUUUCGAAACUCGAACAAUGGCAUCAUGUGUAUGAAAUUCGGCAUCCCCUCCGCAAUGCAAGCCCCCGCCCCGCUGGCAGUAAAGCAAUGGCACACAAUAUUCACACGCGGUGGCGCAAUCGCACGGCCUCUAGCUAUCUUAUCUGCUCUCGCAACAGGGUAUUUAGCUUAUAACCAGGAUUCCAAAUCCACACCCUUCCGCCUAAACCUCGCCGCCACCCUCUUACUCCCCAGUAUCGUCCCCUUCACCCUCCUUGUCCUCGGACCCACCAAUGACAGACUCAUGGCCAAGAAAGACGAACUCGCGACUGCGUCCUUGAGCAACAAAAAUGUGGAAGCGUUUGCUGCCGAGGGCGAGACGGUACAUGAGUUGAUGGAUAAGUGGGCGACAUUGAAUCUGGCGAGGGCGCUGUUGGUGGGCGUGGGAGCUUUGUGCACGGUUGCUUCGGCGGUGGUGGGGAGGAGGGAGCUUGUCAAGUUUGGGGGAAGAUGGUGA